AUGUUCAAAUCAUUAUUAAGACCAUCAUCAAUUGCUUUACGUACAUCAAUUGUUUCAAAUCAAUCAAUAAAUUUAUUCAAAACUUUUACAACUCAAACCCCACAAUUUUAUAAAGCAAAUAAAGAAGAUCAUGCAUAUCCUUAUUUACAUGAAAAAAAACCAAUAGAUACAAAAUUUACUGAAGAACAUGAAUAUGUUAAAUUAUAUGAUGAUAAUUCAGCAUUAUUAGGAAUUACACAAUAUGCAGCACAAGCAUUAGGUGAUGUUACAUUUGUUGAAUUACCAGAAUUAGGUGAUAGAAUUGAAAAAGGUGAUACUAUAGGAUCAAUUGAAUCAGUUAAAAGUGCAAGUGAAAUUUAUAGUCCUGUUUCUGGAGAAAUUUUGGGUAUAAAUACAAUUUUAGAAAGUGAACCAGGAUUAAUUAAUGAAGAUCCUACAAAUGAAGGUUGGAUUGCUCAUAUUAAAUUAGAUGAUCCAAAAGAAAUAACUGAUAGUGAUUCAUUAUUAAGUGAAGAAGAUUAUACUAAAUCUUUAAAAGAAGAUUAA